AAGUCUUGGACUUUACUCUUUAGUUUAAUGGAGUACCUCAAAUCUCUUUCUGAACUGUUCUCUCAAACCAUUUCAAUUCAGCCAUCUUCAGUAGAAUUUGUAGAAGCUGCACUUACCAGUACAACUGGCCCCUGUGCACUCUCUUAUUAUGAUCCAGAUCAAAUCUGCUUGAUUCGAAGACACAUGAUUUCUCUCCUCCAAGAUUACCCUUCUUUCAAACCUUCCAUGGAAGCUUUUAUACACAACAAUGGCGCCACUGUUAACCUUCUGACAGCAAACGGUGAGCUGCAAGUCUCUUCCUCACUCCCGGCUGUUCCCCUUAAGGUUUUGGUGCAUGAAAAUUACCCUCAAAUGGCUCCUAUUGUCUACGUUGUACUCAACUCUAGUUGUCCGGUUUAUCAAAACCAUCCUCUUGUUGAUUCUGGAUCGGGUGCUACAACGUGUUCUUACCUCGAGAACUGGCUCUAUCCUGGCUGCAAUUUGUCGGGCCUUGUGCACAAUUUGGUUAAGCUGUUUUCGCACUAUCACCCUUUCUGUUACUCCCCGUCUUCUGGUUUGGCUCAUCCCAAUCUGUUCUCGAAGAGGGAGGCCAUGGACCGACUCGUGUGUUCCCUUUACUACGACGUGAUGAACUUGAGCUCCAUGGCUGAGAAGGAGAUAGCCGAGCUCUCAGACGUUCAAGUCAAGAUGGCGAAACGGGCAGAGAUGGUAACCAGCACGGCGAUUGAACAUGAACGAGAAAGAAUAAGUUUGAGGCGACUUGUGAAGAAUUUGACAGAUGAAGCGGAUAAGCUGUUGAACUGGUUGAAGGUUCACGAUGAGAGGCGUUUUGCUGCUGUGAUCGGGGAUGAUGCCAUUGUUGAUGCUUUUGAAGGUGUUGAUGAGAGGUCGUCUAAGAGAGUCAUUGAUUGUCUGGCUGGGGAAAUGGCCAUGGAGGACUCCAUUGAGGCCCUAGACAAGGCACUUGAGCUUGGGGUGGUUCCUUUUGGUCAGUAUAUUAAGCAGGUCAGGAGUUUGGCAAGGGACCAGUUUUUGUACCGGGCCAAGUUGCAAAAACUCGGAAGUUUGUCAGAAUUAAACAAUUACCACUACACCAAAAAUUAUAACCUAUAGUGGAGCCGUAACUGUAACAAAUAAUUCCAGUGGCAUCUUGAUUUUACUGGGUCUCACUGAAUUCUCACAAAAUCGUGUAAUUCCUCUAUUGGACUUAGUCAUACUGUCAAAAGUCUUUUUGUCAAUUGUCAGUCUAAUUAAUAUGUUCCAUAGUAGUUAUGGAAAAGAACUUGAUAUAGAUGGCAAUAUGGCAAUAUGCCCUCAGUUCUGCACCAUGAUUGGUGAUGAUGUGAAAACUAAACAUCCCUAAACUUUUAGUAUACUCUUCAUUCCAACUAUAUAUGUUUGUGCUAAUCUUCA